AUUUUCCGACGAGCCGACAAGAACGAUGAUGGGAAGCUGUCAUUUGAGGAGUUCAAGAACUAUUUCGCUGAUGGGAUCCUGAGCUCGGAGGAGCUGUGGGAGUUGUUCAGUGGAAUUGACAGGUGUCAUUCAGACAACGUGGACACGGAGAAAUUGUGUGAUUAUUUCUCGGCCUAUCUCGGAGAAUACAGGAAUGUGCUUUCCGCCCUGGAAGCCCUCAACUCUGCAGUCCUGGCAGCCAUGGACAAAACCAAGCUGAGAAAGGACAUAAAGAAAUCUGAGACCUCGGUUGGCCUGAGGUCAGGGAGACGAUGCGGGCGCAGAGGACAGAAGAAUGUCUGUCUAUCUCCAACGGACCCCUAUUCCGGAAUGCUAACGACAGGCGUUUGUGUCGAAGACAACAGCCAGUGGAUGGCACAGAUCAACAGGCUCCAGCAGCUCAUCGAGAAGCUGGAGUGCAAGAGCCCGCGCCUGGAGCCGCUGAAGGAGGAAGCGAUGUGCAAAGGAAGAGACGCACACAUCCUGGUGGCGAAGAGGCAGAUCUCGGUGGCGACGAGCAGCAUUGAGGAGUUUCGCCAGGCGUUCAGGUCCUACACGGAGGUCACCGCCGGGCAGAGCAGCUGCCUGCAUGUGUCCGCCUGCAAGUUGACGGAUGAGGCCUGCUUCAUCCUUUACGAGUUUUGGCAGGACGUGACUUCGUGGAGAAGCCACUUGCAGUCUAGUUGCAGCAAGACUUUCCAGCGGGCCAUCAUCAGCUUGCUGGAAUCCCCGGAGCUGCUGACCACCAUGCUCUUCCCAGCCUCCUGGUGGAUCAUGAACAACAACUGA